UUAUUCUAGGGUAAGUGUGAGAACAUUGAGAAUAUUUGCACAAUUUGUAGUUUGUAGUUGUUUUGUCUCUUAAAACAAGAAUAAUGGCAAAUUCAACCUUAUCAAGUUUAUCUUAUUUCAUUCUUGGAGCUUAUUUGCACGUUGGAAACUUAAGAUACUUCUGUUUCAUGAUAACUGCAUUUUUAUACAUUAUUAUUGUUAUUGCCAACACCUCUCUCAUCGUGAUUAUCUGUAUGAACAAAAGCUUACAUGAACCUAUGUACAUUUUUCUGUGCAGCCUGUUUGUAAAUGAGCUGUAUGGUAGUACAGGGUUGUUUCCUUUCCUUCUGGUUCAGAUUCUCUCUGACGUUCACACUGUUUCUGCUUCGAUUUGUUUCCUGCAGAUUUAUUGUGUGCACACUUAUGGAGCUGUUGAAUAUUUAAACUUAGCCAUCAUGUCUUAUGACAGAUACCUUGCUAUCUGUUAUCCUCUACAAUAUAACACACAUAUGACAUAUAACAAGAUUGCCACGCUUAUUGCUCUAACAUGGUUAUACCCUUUGCUUGCAUGUAUUGUCAUAAUAUAUUUGAAUUCCCAUUCACAGCUGUGUGGGAACAUCAUUUACAAAGUUUACUGUGAUAGCCACUCUGUUGUCAAGCUGGCAUGCUCAGGUACCCAUGUAGCUAAUAUAUAUGGGCUCAUUGCAUCUUUUGGCACAAUCUUUGGUUCUUUCAUUUUUAUUAUUUACACUUAUAUGAAGAUUCUUCUAGUUUGUUUUUCUGGUUCUAAAGAAACCAGACAAAAAGCUGUCAGUACCUGCACACCUCACCUUGCUUCUCUCUUGAACUUUUCUUUUGGGGCUAGCUUUGAAUUAUUACAGAGCAGGUUUAAUAUGAACAGUGUACCCAAUAUGAUGCGAAUUCUUUUAUCAUUAUACUGGAUUACAUGCCAGCCGCUCUUUAACCCUGUAAUGUAUGGCCUGAAAAUGUCCAAAAUCCGUGUCAUAGGUAAAAGUCUGAUAUCAAAUGUAGGGUAUUAAUAUGAAGUCAUCCAACAGAUUAACUUAUUAGCUUUAAUAUGAUCAGACCUUUGAAGUAUUCUAAUGUAGAACUGUGCAUUUUGUUAUAAUGCAAACAAUAAAGUAAAUUAACUCAA